CAAACUUGACAUCCGUUAUAAGAUUUCAUUCUAGACAACCAAGCACCUACAGCCAAACAUGCCCCAAACAACCGAGCAGCGCGUUCUCGAGCUCAUUUCCUCCGGAGCGGCAGAAAAGCAGCACCACCAAGCGGGCGAACUCUUCUUGCUCUUCGACCAACUCUCGCCCAUCCACCCGAACGACCUCGCAGCCCGCGGCGGGAACUGGGUAGGCGGAGGCUUCGAAACCGGACAUCCCGCAGGCCCCUGGCUCCAGGAGAUAAAGUGGGUGGGCAAGAAGUUCUACAGCACGGAUGACGUGCAGCCCAUCCUUGCCGAGACGCCGGAUGGCGGGAAAGAAUGGCUUGAGGAGUGGGGGCGGGCAAAGGUGAUUGAGGCGAAGUAUCGUGGUGUCUAUACUGCGACGAUGGUGUACGACGACUACCCCAUAUUUGACUACUUCCGUCGCCUGAACGAUGACUUCGUCAUGGGAGUUAUGGAAACGAAGAAGUGGAAGGAUGAAGGAGUUAGUUUCUUCUGGCUACAAAGGGCUUGAUUCGGUGUAGGAAGUCCAGUGGAUGAUUGAUUUACUAGCUCUUCCCAAGUUUCCGGUUCUAGGAACUAGGAAGCCAGUUGCGUUGAACGUAAAGUUGUUAUUGUCGGUGUAGAUGAAUCGAUCUAGCUUAACCUUCCAC